AUGUCCAUAGCCUUGAAGCAGGUGUUCAACAAGGACAAGACCUUCCGGCCCAAGAGGAAAUUUGAACCUGGCACGCAGAGAUUUGAGCUCCACAAACGGGCUCAGGCAUCCCUCAAUUCAGGCGUGGAUCUGAAGGCCGCUGUGCAGCUGCCCAGUGGGGAGGACCAGAACGACUGGGUGGCGGUGCACGUGGUGGACUUCUUCAAUCGGAUCAACCUCAUCUAUGGCACCAUCUGUGAGUUCUGCACCGAGCAGACCUGCCCCGUGAUGUCGGGGGGCCCCAAAUAUGAGUAUCGGUGGCAGGAUGACCUCAAGUACAAGAAGCCAACUGCCCUCCCAGCUCCUCAGUACAUGAACCUUCUUAUGGAUUGGAUCGAGGUCCAGAUCAACAAUGAGGACAUAUUUCCAACCUGUGUGGGUGUUCCCUUCCCAAAGAACUUCCUUCAGAUCUGCAAGAAGAUCCUGUGCCGCCUUUUCCGCGUCUUCGUCCACGUCUACAUCCACCACUUUGACCGGGUCAUUGUGAUGGGUGCGGAGGCCCACGUCAACACCUGCUACAAGCACUUCUAUUACUUCGUCACAGAGAUGAACCUCAUCGACCGCAAGGAGCUAGAGCCUUUGGUGAGUGUCGCCGAACAGGGCUGCCACCCAAGCGGCCCCCAGGAGCUCAGCCAUUGGUCACAGCACACUGUCAGGCCCACGCAAAGGGCUCACUCGUGCGGGGCCAUUAGCCAGGAGGUAGAGGUGGGCGCUGGGGUGAUCCGGGGUGAGCAUGUGAGAGAGGGGGCAGCUACCAUCAGCUCCGCAGGAGGUGGGACUUGA